AGCAAAUAACGCCUGAGCUCUUGCCUAAGCUUGAUCGUUUCCCGAAGUAUUGCCAGUUUAAGAGAAAUCAGUCAUGGCGAACACUACAGUAAAAGGCGCUCAGGCCAUUCAUGGACAAAAUCCACAGUUUUUAGUCGAAACUGUCAUCCGCAAUCGCAUAUAUGAGGCGACGUACUGGAAAGAGCACUGCUUCGCUUUGACGGCGGAGACCUUGAUUGAUAAAGCCAUCGAAGUACGUUUCAUCGGUGGUGUAUACGGCAACCAGCGUCCUACGGAGUUCUUGUGUCUCCUCUUGAAGUUACUCCAAAUUCAACCAGAGAAAGAGAUAUUAGUCGAAUAUCUCCAAGCAGAUGAAUUUAAAUAUAUGAGAGCUUUGGCUGCGAUGUACAUUCGAAUGACAUUCGCGGCUGUAGACGUGUACGAGAUGCUGGAACCCCUGCUAAAGGACUAUCGGAAGUUACGUUAUAGAGAUAUGGCUGGAUAUUCAUUGACGUUUAUGGACGAGUUCAUAUACUCACUCCUGACCGAGGAAAGAGUAUGCGACAUCAUUUUACCACGUAUAGCUCGGCGUCAAACUCUUGAAGAGAAUGGAGAUAUUGGGCCAAGAAAAAGCCGUCUCUUGGAUGCCAUGGAAGGUAAAAGUGACCAUGGCAGUGACAAAAGUCGUAGCCCUAGUAGAAGCAGGAGUAGGAGUCGAAGCAGGAGUGAAAGUAAAAAUAAGAGCCCCACGCACUCACGCAGCAGAAGUCCUAGCAGUAGAGGAUCAUCAGUGGGGCCACGGUAUGUAUCGCGAAGCCCAUCUCGGUCACCAUCUCGGUCACCAUCUCGAUCACCGUCUGGCUCGCCCUAUCGUUCACGUAGUCGUAGCAUUUCACCCGACAGAAUGGACACAGCGUCAUAGAUUCCAGAGAUCAGCCUAUUAUAUGUACUCUACGCUUUUUUGGUAUCAAAGUUCUGCUCUUUAAACUUUAAAAGCUGUUUCGAGAGCUCCUUCCACCGUUCUUGCACGACGGGCAUCUGAGCAAUGGCCUCCGGGGAUAGAUACCCUCGGUUACGCCAAUCAGUAUACCACAUUAUAUCCUCUCGUCGCGUAGGCGCGGCAGCUACACGGUCUGUGUUGCUUUUGACGCAAUCACGAAGUGAGAGAGGGUUGUAAUAUUGGCAGAAUACACUCCCUCCCUUUUCUUCGAUGGCUUUGAUAGCACUCUUGGAUGCCCGCGAUGGCGUUAUGUGAAUUGGCGUUUUCAAAAAACUUGCACCGUCUGCCAAUAGCUUGAUUCCGUCAUGCACAUCAUGUACACAGCCGCUAAGUAGGAGUUCUCGAGCGGUAAUAGGAUUUGUUGGGGAAGAGUGUAAACGGCCUUGUUCUAUCCAAAAUUGUAUGCGCUC